CUCCGAGUCCCAGGCGGCCGCGGGCGGCGUGGCCUGCAGUCGGCAGCUACACCUGGAAGGCUCCGCGUUCCUGCUCGGGGUGGAUCCUGCCGGGGCGGCUGCCGGGCACCCGCCCGGAAGGGGUCCUGAGCGCUGGACAGCCGGGCAGGAGCACAGGUCAUGAAACGAGUGCGCACCGAGCAGAUUCAGAUGGCAGUGUCCUGCUACCUCAAACGCCGGCAGUACGUGGACUCCGAUGGUCCCCUGAAGCAAGGACUGCGGCUCUCACAGACUGCUGAGGAGAUGGCGGCCAACCUCGCAGUCCAAUCAGAAUCCGGCUGUGCCAACAUAGUGUCUGCAGCCCCUUGCCAGGCAGAGCCCCAGCAAUAUGAAGUACAGUUUGGACGCCUACGGAAUUUUCUCACUGAUUCUGAUUCCCAGCAUAGCCACGAAGUGAUGCCUCUCCUCUAUCCUCUCUUUGUCUACCUCCAUCUCAACCUGGUCCAGAAUAGUCCGAAGAGCACAGUGGAAAGUUUUUACAGCCGCUUCCAUGGAAUGUUUCUGCAGAACGCUAGCCAGAAGGAUGUCAUUGAGCAGCUACAGACCACUCAAACCAUCCAGGACAUCCUGUCUAACUUCAAGCUUCGAGCAUUCCUAGAUAACAAGUACGUGGUCCGUCUCCAGGAAGACAGCUACAACUACCUUAUCCGCUACCUCCAAAGUGACAACAACACCGCCCUGUGCAAGGUCCUCACCUUGCAUAUCCAUCUUGACGUGCAGCCUGCCAAGAGAACAGAUUACCAGCUCUAUGCCAGUGGCAACUCCUCUCGAAGCGAGGGCAGCGGCUUAGAGCCCACUGACAUGCCCGCCCCUAUUCUGCAGAACGAGGCUGCCCUGGAGGUCUUGCAGGAGAGCAUUAAGCGCGUCAAGGAUGGCCCUCCUUCCCUCACCACCAUCUGUUUCUAUGCCUUCUAUAACACAGAGCAGCUGUUGAACACUGCAGAAAUCUCCCCAGACAGCAAGCUGCUUGCUGCUGGGUUUGACAACUCCUGUAUAAAACUGUGGAGUUUACGAUCCAAGAAGUUAAAAUCAGAACCCCAUCAAGUAGACGUGUCCCGCAUCCACUUGGCUUGUGACAUUCUGGAGGAGGAGGAUGAUGAGGAUGACAAUGCGGGCACAGAGAUGAAGAUACUACGGGGACACUGUGGACCAGUGUACAGCACAAGGUUCCUCGCAGACAGCUCAGGGUUGCUCUCUUGUUCUGAAGACAUGUCCAUUAGGUACUGGGACCUCGGGAGUUUCACCAACACUGUGUUGUACCAAGGACAUGCCUACCCUGUGUGGGACCUGGACAUUAGCCCGUAUAGCCUGUACUUUGCCAGUGGGUCCCACGACCGCACCGCGAGGCUGUGGUCAUUUGAUCGGACGUACCCACUGAGAAUAUAUGCCGGCCACCUGGCAGAUGUGGACUGUGUCAAAUUCCACCCUAAUUCAAACUACUUAGCCACAGGCUCGACCGACAAGACUGUCCGGCUGUGGAGUGCUCAACAGGGCAACUCGGUGAGGCUCUUCACGGGCCACCGUGGCCCCGUGCUCUCUCUUGCCUUUUCUCCCAACGGUAAGUACUUGGCGUCAGCUGGCGAGGACCAGCGGCUAAAGCUAUGGGACUUGGCCUCCGGGACCCUUUAUAAAGAACUGAGAGGCCACACGGACAAUAUCACCAGCCUCACCUUCAGUCCGGACAGCAGUUUGAUCGCGUCUGCGUCCAUGGACAACUCCGUGCGCGUCUGGGACAUCAGGAACACUUACUGCAGUGCGCCUGCCGACGGUUCCUCUGGGGAACUCGUGGGUGUGUACACUGGGCAGAUGAGCAAUGUACUCAGUGUGCAGUUCAUGGCCUGCAACCUUCUUCUAGUGACUGGAAUCACACAAGAAAAUCAGGAACAUUAAUUUUUGUUUUUUAAUCUUUGUGGUAACGGACUGGGGCUGUAGUGGAAAGCCUCCAGGUUGCAAGUCGUAGGACAAAUUGAGAUUGAAUCACUGACUGUGAAAGACUCCCCGCUUCUCCCCCUUCUCCCGUACAGACAUCCUGAGCUCGUCUCCCCUGCACUCGGUCCCCCACGUGUCGAAGGACUGGAGGGGGAAGGUGCUGUGAUUGGACAUGAGAUGGAGCAUGAAGAGGCUCGGGGGGUCGGAUUGCAAGCUCUUACGGAGAUCCCGCCCGUGUCCUCGCGUGAGCACCUUCGUGUCUCUGUCUCAUUUUCCCGUGUGUCGACCCGAGAUGCUGCUUACCUCGCCGCCGGGUGCUGCCUUUGGUCCGAGGAUGGUUGCAGGGCACCCUCGCGAGGAGUGGUGCCACGGGAUCCCCGCUGCUCAGUCGGCGGGUGCAAGGGGGCUUUCCUGGCCUAGGAAUGCGGGGGUGGGAACUAGGAACGGGGGCGGGCAUCAUCCUGGCGAAAAGUCUCUCCUUUUCCGUAAUUACAGAGAACCAGGAUUUUUUAUUAUUAUAAUUAUAAUUAUUAUUAUUACUGAGAAGAGGAAGCCUAGCACUGGCAGAGGGGCCUUCUCUGCUCUCGUCUUUCAGGUUUUACUCCUGGCACUGGCUGUGAUACUUGGAAUCUUGAGGUUCAGGGAAUUCAGAGAAUUUGGUAGCGCAGUGUUUUGGGAGAAAGGGAAACUUUCUGGGUGACGAUGGGUCACUCCGGCUGACAUGUGUCUAGAAGUGGGUGGGUGGGUGGGUUUGAGAAAGUUCUGGGCUCUGGCAGUGACGGUGGGAGUGGAAGAGUCUCCUCAUGGCUGCACUUGUAUGAACAGUUCUCUCCCCGGGAAGGACAGAUGGUGGUAAAGAAAUGAGAAGAAUUUGCAGUGAUAGGGCAAAAGAUAGAAUUAGAAGAUGUGAAAUUUCCAAAUGCCCAUUUAUCCGGAGGUGUGGCUCGCUCAGUGUCUUUUCCUCCUGCCAUCAUUCGCUCCCACCUCCUGCAUUGCAAUAGCAGUUUAACGAACACUUUGUGAAACAAAUCGUAAGUACCCACGCACGCAUCUAAAACUGUGCUUUGAGGAUAAAGCAAGUUCGAAUUCGUGGAAAAAGGAUUAAAUAUUUCUGUUUUCUGAAAAGAGUUAUUUUGUAUUUUGUUUUCUAUUAAAAUGUAUUUAGUUUCAAAAAAAAAAAAAAGUGUUGUCAUGUCAUUUAAACUGUGAGGGCAGGCGGGUGUGUGGCCCGGCCUGGGGUGACGUGUGCAGCCCACCUCUCUUCAGGAUGAUAGCCACUCAUGUAGGCCAGACUAGCCCCAACACAGGUACACUCCCACCCGUUCCUGUAUUCUGUUCAGCUAACUUUGAAUCGUGCUUCCUCUUGGCAUUCGCAGGAAUUAUUGGUAACAUUUAAUACUGUUUAUACAUCCAAGGUUACCAGUUGCUAACAGGAGACAAUGUAUAUUUUACCAUCUAGAGUAAUUUGGGAAGAUCCCACUUCCAGUUUUCUUUAAUGACCCCAUUAUAAAAUUUCUAAGGGGCAUAAGAACUGUGCUAUUUAAUUAACUUAAACUGUUUCUCGAGCAAUUCCAGAUAAAGGACUCGUUCAGAAAUUUAAAUGAUGCCAAAAUACAAGAACACCAAGAAUUAUCAGGAAAUUAAAGGAAGACUCUAGAAUUCUAUGUGAAAAUUUUUUUUUACUUGAGCCCAAGAUUCUAAUUAAUAAGUGUUUCUUAUUCAUAAAAACCUAUGUAUUUGAAACAUUGUAAGAAGGAUCUAUUAGUGCCUCAGCCACUUCCACAUAGUGUGCCGUGAAGGUCAGAUAGAAUUCAAGUAUGUUCUUACCUGUAGUAAGUGAACUCUUAAAUUCUAUGGUAUAUUGCUAGAAACAAUAAAAUCCCUAAAUUGGGCUGAAUCAUUCUCAGGAGUGAAAAUACCACUGACUAGGGAUGAUUUGGAAAGACUUUGUUUUUUAAUACAAAAUUUUUUUGAUUAAACACAAAACUGUAUUGGGUUGGUCAGUCUUCAAAUUAUCAAUCAUGUAUAUACUUUUGUAAUUUGAAUUCAAGCUCUUAAUGAUCUUCAUGUUUGGCCUCUUUCUUUGAACUGACUUUAAUGUGGGAUAAUUUAACUUUAUAGAAUACCCCUCACAACUUCCCCAGAAUCUUAGAAAUAUCGUAAGGGGUAUGUAUAUAUGUUUAUGGCCACAAGGGUGCAUAAGAACAUAGUUAGACUCUUCAGGUUGCUCUUCUGUGUUGUUUUAUUUUCUCUUCAGAGCUAGAGAUGGACAGGACUGGUGAUACUACCAUUUAGUAGAUGAAAAUCUAAAGCCCAGAGAAGCUCUGUUAUCUAUGUCCAACAUGGAAUGGUUACAUGUCUUGGAUGUGUUACAAGGAGGAUCUAUAUUCAGUAUCCUCAAGUUCUAGCUGGAGGAUAUAGCCCUGAUAAUAGAAAAAUGUUUUUUGUUUUUUGUUCGUUUUUUUAAAAAAAACCUCCAAAAAGGAAAUAUGAAUGUUUAACAAACAUAUAUAUAGUGCUUACCAUCUACUAGAAAUCAUUCCAUGAGCUUUAUGAAAAUUAACUUUUUCUUUUAUCUCCAUAAUAACCCUGUGAGAUAAAUGCCACUUUUAUCUGUAUUUUACAAAUGAGGAUUCUGAGGCCCUGUUGGAUUAACUCACUUUGCCAGAGGGUCACACAGCUAGUAUCCAAUGAAGCCAGAAUUUGCACCUGGGAAGUCUGGCUCCAGAGUUCUUCCACAGGCUCGUGUGUCCCUUCAUUCCCGCAGUACCAGGUAAAGAGUGACCUGAGGUUACUAGUAACUAAAUGUUCCUGGCAAUAGUUAUAAGACUCAUGCUUCCCUUUGCCAAAUAAGUCAGCAAAAUCUAGCGGGAUCAGGAACUGGUGGUAAGAACAAACUUAAACAAUAUGUGGCUAAAAGAAACUUGAAAAUACUCGAUUUUGAACCACAAUGAUAAAUCUCUGCAAUGUGUAUAAGGUGCAGAAAAAAAAAAAAAAAGCUGAAAUUUCUUAGGCUGAUAGGCUCAGAAAACUCUGACUGUAAUUUCAAUUCAGCAGUACACUGGCCAAAAGAAAGAGAACGUUGAGAUAAAGUAAAGUAAGAAAUUAGAUGAAACGGGAAACAAUUUGAAGUUUUUAUAUUCAAGAUCCAGCUUCUAAGGAUAGCUGUGAUUACUAGCUUUUCAUUUGUUUUAUUCAUAUAUUAAAAAUGUCUUGGUUGUAUAAAAAAAAAAUCCAUUGAAUAUGUAGGCUUCUAAUUUUGCUAUUGCCCAGAUUGGUAUUUAAAUAUAUGGAUUAAAAGAUUAGUCUGUACUUCAA